GUGAGAGCAGAGGCAGACAAGGCGACCUCAUGCUCCCCAUUUCAAGCCCAUUUCAAAAACAUUCAUAGCAACAGUGCAAAGACAACUUGCAAGAAUACAGCAGCGGGGAAACGAGGCUUAAUGGUCUCUCUGAUUUGUCAGAUAAUACUGGUCCAUCUUUCAAGUAAUACCCAAAGCAGGGGCCUCUGAGUAAACAUCUGUAUUGCUGUUCCAGAGCCAUUCCAGAACUCUUUCCAGGGAUGUCAACUCUACCUCUGGACACCGAUUUCAACUAUGUUGCAGUCACCUCUCUGGACCAAACUGAAGAGAAAUACAGUCAUUCACCUGAGUCUUCAACCCAGGCCAUGAGGCGGCCAUGUAAGCAAAAGAAGCUUUUUCGUAGCCUCUCCAAGUCAGACUCAGACUUACUGGUUCCCUGUGAAGAGGAUGUGGCUCUGGUUGAAAGGACCAAUUCGUUGGCCAAGUGCAGGAUGGAGAGGACACAAAUGGAUCGGCUGUCCUCACUCACUGCCGAUUGGGAAGAGAUUGAGAAGAUCAUGACAUUAAUUGACAGUGGCAUUGAACUCUCCAAGGAGCACCAACCAGCAGAUGCUGCAGGAAGCCGGGUGCUGGAGCAGUCAGUGGGGGAGUGGCUGGAACACGUGGGCUUUCCUCAGUAUGAGAGUAAGCUGCUACUAAAUGGAUUUGAUGACCUGCGCUUCAUGGGCAGUAAUGUAAUGGAAGAUGAAGACCUUAGAGAAAUUGGCAUCACAGACCCAGGUCACAGGAAGAAAAUUCUUCAUGCAGCAAAGAGUCUACCAAAGGUGAAAGCUCUGGGUUCUGACGGCAGUACUUCGCUGGCCUCAUGGCUGGACAAUCUAGGACUUGGAGAGUAUCUCCACAACUUUCUAUCCAGUGGCUAUCGCACACUUGAGUGUGUGAAGAAUCUGUGGGAGCUGGAGAUUGUUAAUGUGUUAAAAAUUGGCCUGCUUGGCCACAGGAAGAGAAUAAUCGCUUCCAUCUCAGAGCGGCCCUACGAGGAAGCACCUUCGAAGUCUACUCCCUUCUCCCAGCUUAAGAUUCAAGACCUCUUAUCUCAGAACCCAGCACCUCUUGGUUAUAUGGACCCUUAUACUAGUCGCUCCAUGGACAUGCUACUGCCACUGGGGGAUUAUGGAAGGAGAGGCAGAGGGCUGGAUCAGGAGUGCAGUGUCUCACUUCGUUCCUACAGUGAGAGACCACGCUCACAUGACCGGCAUACAGAUCGACACAAGGAAUCCCGGCGGACCCCAAGCCAGUCUGCUACAUACACCACUGUCUCCACAUGGCACCACCAUCCUGAGAAGCUCAUCACAGAGGCUUGUUGCUAUGAAGCUAGUUAUCUUGGGUCUGUGAUAAUCAGAGAUCUCCGAGGUAUUGAAUCUACACAGGAAGCCUGUGCAAGAAUAAGGAAAUCAAAGGACCACCGGAAAGGCCCUGUCAUAAUCCUCUCCAUCACCUAUAAAGGAGUCAAGUUCAUUGACGCAGCCUCUAAGGCUAUCGUGGCAGAGCAUGAGAUCCAGAACAUCUCCUGUGCGGCUCAGGAUCCUGAUGAACUUCGCACUUUUGCAUACAUUACAAAAGACCUGAAGUCGGGGCACCACUUCUGCCAUGUUUUCACUACAGUUGAAGUGACGCAAACCUAUGAGAUCAUCUUGACUCUGGGACAGGCAUUUGAAGUGGCCUAUCAGAUGGCUCUUCAAGCACAGAAAGCCCGACGUCACAGUUCCUACAGUGGGGCAAACUUGGAGAUCAUUGAAACCAAGAGCAGCAGGCCAGUCUCAUCUCGCAACAGCAUGCGCCGCUCAAUGGCUGCCCCUGUGUCUGAAUGCCAUUGCUGCUACUGUCACAUCUGUUCUACCCACCGCCCCUCCUACCUCCCGCUGCCCUCUGUCAGCCCUGGAGUUCAGCUGACUCCACCUUUCAAGUUUCCGGACACCAAGGUGUGAAUAGAAGUGGAAAUCAGGUGAAUCAUAACGUAAGCGAAUGAGAGAACAAGAUGUGUCAAUCAUUCAGUGGCACAGAAUUGCAGCAUGAGGAGAUUGAUCCAGUACUGUGUGAUUUCUCCUUUGAUGAGUUUAGACAAAUUCGCAAUGAGGAUUUGUGCAUUUGGUUGUGAGGUGGGUCUGUGCGUACAACAACCACAGCAUGCUAGUCUUUUAUUUGUUUGAAUAAACAUACUGUUUACUUUACUAUUUAAUAAGAAGUCAAAUAGGAUAUUUUGGAGAAACUGGAAUCUUAGUAUUAAGCUCUGUGAGAUCGAUUAUAAGUUACAGUCCUUAACGUGGGCUUUUAGAUAUAGGGUACUUCCAUACACAACAUGAAGAUUGAGAACUGCAAAAUAUCUUCCUUAUACUCAAGACUCACUCUACAAUAAAAGGAGUGAGGAUUUUGUUCACUUAAUGUUUGCUUUAACAAUUGCUUGGAUGGAUUUUUUGUAAUGUGAGCCAAAAAUAUUGAAAAUGUUAAGAGUAGGGCUGAAAAUGUACACCUGAAUCAGAGCUGACUGGCAAAUAUAAUUCCUGUCAUUCAAUUCUGAAUGAACACUGUGCAACAUCUACAAAAUGGCUUUAGCUGGAGGUACUCAACUUUAAUCACACUGUGAAAUGACAGAAAAUAAGCAUUUACCUUAGAGCUGUUACUCAUUAUUCUUGAUGUGAUGGGACAUUUAACUUAAAAACAAAACCAAAAAAAAAAGAAGGGGGAAAAAAAAAGCAUGUCCCUCUCUUCAUAAAUCACUUACAUUUUCUAUAUGUCGCUUGCACUUUAUUUUGUUUACACUGAGUAUUUGGAUAUGAUGUCAAGAUAGAGACUUGCCAAAUGCUGUAGCAUUUAUAUCCUUGAAUUAAAUAACCAUGUCUAUUUUGGGGACUAACCUAAAAUGUUAUAUAAAAUGUUCAUAAUUCUUUCAUUUAGUUGUCACAUCAAUAUAAAUGACCUAAUAAAAUUUAAUGACUUCUUUUGUGUCA